GCGCCGACGCACCUGUCGGCCCUGCUAGCGCCGCUCCUGUCGGCUUCCUGGGGUCGGUGGGUCGGGCGGGACGGUCCCGAGCCGCAGUCCUUCCUGUGGUCCCGUCGCCCGCGGCCGGAGUCGGGCCGAGCGCCGAGGAGGGGUGCUGGUGGCCGGCCGCUCCAGUUCCUCCCCGAGUUGGAGCAUGGCUGCAGCUGCGGUCCCUCCAGAGGGAGGUGAGCUCGGAGGCGGUCGUGUUUGAUUCGGGGCAGCAGCGGGUCGAGUCCAGGGCCCCGGAGCCGGCGGCUGCAACUUGAUGCGGCUCCCUCCCGGCUGAGCCCGUGGGUUGCGGUCGCGGUGGGGCUGGCCGCGCCGGCCGCCCUCAGAUGCGGAGCCCGCCGGCGGCGCAGGACGCGGCCCCGGGGCUGCUGUCUGCCUCUGAGCGGCGAGAUAAGCAGACAGCUAAAUGGAGUCUGAGCAGCUGUUUCAUAGAGGCUACUAUAGAAACAGCUACAACAGUAUAACAAGUGCGAGUAGUGACGAGGAGCUUUUAGACGGAGCAGGUGUGAUUAUGGACUUUCAGACUUCUGAAGAUGACAACUUGUUAGAUGGUGACACAGCAGUUGGAACUCAUUACACAAUGACAAACGGAGGCAGCAUCAGCAGUUCCACCCACCUGCUGGACCUUCUGGAUGAACCCAUCCCCGGUGUGGGUACCUAUGACGAUUUCCACACCAUUGAUUGGGUGCGGGAGAGAUGUAAAGACAGGGAAAGGCAUAGACGGAUCAACAGCAAAAAGAAAGAAUCAGCAUGGGAAAUGACAAAAAGUUUGUAUGAUGCGUGGUCAGGAUGGCUAGUAGUAACACUAACAGGAUUGGCAUCAGGGGCAUUGGCUGGUUUAAUAGACAUCGCCGCCGACUGGAUGACUGACCUCAAAGAGGGCAUCUGCCUUAGUGCACUGUGGUACAACCAUGAACAGUGUUGCUGGGGGUCUAAUGAAACCACAUUUGAGGAGAGGGAUAAAUGUCCACAGUGGAAAACCUGGGCGGAAUUAAUCAUAGGGCAAGCGGAGGGUCCUGGUUCGUACAUCAUGAACUACAUAAUGUACAUCUUCUGGGCCUUGAGUUUCGCCUUUCUUGCCGUUUCCCUGGUGAAGGUGUUUGCUCCGUAUGCCUGUGGCUCUGGGAUUCCAGAGAUUAAAACUAUUUUGAGUGGAUUCAUCAUCAGAGGCUACUUGGGAAAAUGGACUUUAAUGAUUAAAACCAUCACAUUAGUACUGGCUGUGGCAUCAGGUUUGAGUUUAGGGAAAGAAGGGCCCUUGGUACACGUUGCCUGUUGCUGUGGAAAUAUCUUUUCCUACCUCUUUCCCAAGUACAGCACAAAUGAAGCCAAGAAAAGAGAGGUGCUAUCAGCUGCCUCAGCUGCAGGUGUUUCUGUAGCUUUUGGUGCACCAAUCGGAGGAGUUCUUUUCAGCCUGGAAGAGGUUAGCUAUUAUUUUCCUCUAAAAACUUUAUGGAGAUCAUUUUUUGCUGCUUUAGUGGCUGCAUUUGUUUUGAGAUCCAUCAAUCCGUUUGGUAAUAGCCGUCUGGUCCUUUUUUAUGUGGAGUAUCAUACACCGUGGUACCUUUUUGAACUGUUUCCUUUUAUUCUCCUCGGGGUAUUUGGAGGGCUAUGGGGAGCCUUCUUCAUUAGGGCAAAUAUUGCCUGGUGCCGCCGACGCAAAUCCACCAAGUUUGGAAAGUAUCCUGUUCUCGAGGUCAUCAUUGUUGCAGCCAUCACUGCCGUGGCAGCCUUCCCUAAUCCCUACACGAGGCUCAACACCAGCGAACUGAUUAAAGAGCUCUUCACAGACUGCGGCCCCCUGGAAUCCUCUUCUCUCUGUGACUACAGAAAUGACAUGAACGCCAGUAAAAUCGUUGAUGACAUUCCGGAUCGUCCAGCAGGCCUUGGAGUAUAUUCAGCUAUAUGGCAGUUAUGCUUGGCACUCAUAUUUAAAAUCAUAAUGACCGUGUUCACUUUCGGUAUCAAGGUCCCGUCCGGCUUGUUCAUCCCCAGCAUGGCCAUCGGCGCGAUCGCCGGCCGCAUCGUGGGCAUCGCAGUGGAGCAGCUGGCCUACUAUCACCAUGACUGGUUCAUCUUCAAGGAGUGGUGUGAGGUCGGGGCCGACUGCAUCACCCCCGGCCUUUACGCCAUGGUCGGCGCGGCCGCGUGCUUAGGUGGUGUGACAAGGAUGACUGUGUCCCUGGUGGUCAUUGUUUUUGAGCUCACUGGAGGCUUGGAGUAUAUUGUUCCCCUGAUGGCCGCAGUAAUGACCAGUAAAUGGGUUGGAGAUGCCUUUGGGAGGGAAGGCAUUUAUGAAGCUCACAUCCGGCUAAAUGGAUACCCUUUCUUGGAUGCAAAAGAAGAAUUCACUCAUACCACCCUGGCUGCCGAUGUCAUGAGACCUCGUAGGAGUGACCCUCCCCUGGCCGUCCUGACCCAGGACAACAUGACCGUGGAUGACAUAGAAAACAUGAUUAACGAGACCAGCUACAACGGCUUUCCUGUCAUAAUGUCCAAAGAGUCUCAGAGAUUAGUGGGAUUUGCCCUCAGAAGAGACCUGACAAUUGCAAUAGAGAGUGCCAGAAAAAAACAGGAAGGGAUAGUGGGCAGUUCCCGCGUGUGCUUCGCACAGCACACCCCGUCCCUCCCAGCAGAGAGUCCCCGGCCACUGAAGCUCCGCAGCAUCCUUGACAUGAGCCCAUUCACGGUCACGGACCACACGCCCAUGGAGAUCGUGGUGGACAUCUUCCGGAAGCUGGGCCUGCGGCAGUGCCUGGUCACACACAACGGACGCCUCCUUGGUAUCAUCACAAAAAAAGAUAUCCUCCGUCAUAUGGCCCAGACGGCAAACCAAGACCCCGCGUCCAUAAUGUUCAACUGAGCCCCGUGACGUCAGAGGGAGAGGAGGCCGGGGAGGAGGCCCGCCUGCUGAGCAGCACCACGCUUUAACCCCCUUCAAAAAAGGAAGUAGAAAAGCUGGGCUGCUGCAACAUGGUUUGCAGUACUGCUGGUGGAAUGGAGGAGUUGUUUGGGGAGGGAAAGGAGAGAGAGAAGGAGGCGAGUGAGUAUCUCCCAUCCCACCAGGGGGCCACGUGGUGUGCUGUCUGCGCUGGAUGCGCUCAGCCCAGGGUGUGGCGUGGGCCUCCCUCCACGGGGAGGGCGGCCGAGCCUGACCCCGGCCCCCAGCCUGCUCUCCAGCACCGCAGAGACGUGCCUGUUUCGGGAGGGAUCCCUCUGAAUCGAGCCAUCUCUAAGACUGCAAGGUCUUGCCCUUUUUUAAUCAAAACUUUUCUGUUUAACUCAUGAAGUGUACAGUUAAAGCAUCACCUUUCUACAUUCCGGACGAGCUUCUCCCUCUCCCCACCGCCCCUUCUCUCUCGCGCUCUAACAAAGCCUUUGUAAGUUGGUGUGCCCUUUGGAAGCAGUCCUUUCUCAUAUUGAGAUGUACUGAGGUUGUACUGAGGUUUCACACAGAAGAAGGGAGUGUUUCUUGUGCCCUUAACCCUGUAGUUUGCCCCAUCACGAGAUGCUGGGUGCAGUCACGUGUGCGCCGACAGGGGCCCAUGGCACCGGGAGGACCUCCACGGAGGAGAAAUGAGCUCUCGCUCGGGUGCCGUGUGGUUCAGAACCAACAACGGUGAACUUGACUUGUGAGGGUAAACAGUUUUCUUUUUUGCUUUUUUUUCCGCCCCUCUCUGACUUUAUGGAUAAUGUGACCUGGUCGUAUGCAGAUUUUGUUUCUAAAACUCCUAUAAUACACAAGUACUGUUGAGCGUAAGGAGACAAGAUGCUGCUUCUUUGACAGUGACGAGAAGGAAGAAUUCUGUUUAGCUGCACCUGGUAUGAGUUGCAUGUUUAAACACUGGAAUUUUCUUUUUCUUGAAAUUAGAUCAGUCUUUUUCUUUUCUUUCCUCAAGGUGUUUUACUGCUGACGCUGAAGAAGAAAUGUAAUUCAUAACUUGCACUAAAUGUAUAUUUCUUUCUUAAAAAUUUACCAUUCUUAUUUAUAUUUUUAUGGAUUAAAAUUUAUAAAAUACAGAUCAGUUAAUAUCGCACUUAAGUAAUUUUACCUUUUUAAUGUGAUUUUUGUAGACUAAUUCAGACUUAGAAAUAUGGAGAUACGAACAAAGUUUACAGUGGGAACAAGGGUUUAAGAUGUGGUUAUGGUUAUUUCUCUGCGAUCAGAUGCGUACGGAAACCUUUUCUGAUCUUUCACUGCCAUCCCCUGGGUUGUCUUCUGACCUGUCCAUUUUGACUCAUUAACUGGAAGCUGAAACACUACAUAUUAUUUUGCAGAUUAAAACCAAAAGUUAAACACUGUUAACCUUUAAAAGAAAAAUGAAAUGAAAACAGUAGAAUUGCAGAGGUGGCAGUUAAAACGUUAAUCUGAACAGAACCUGUGAAUCUUUGCAUAGGUCGCGUCCAGGUGUCCAGUGACGUUUUGAAUCCACACUGCACUUUUUUGCAGGAUGAGUUGAAAAUAUACUGGGAUGUGUUUGGAAUUGUGGGUUUUGGAAAUAUCUGACUUAAUCGUGGUCUUAAUUCACUAUUGGCAAAGGCAGUUUACUUGAAGCACUGGCCUAAAAAUUCUGGAUUAUGUAUUUUUGGAGGCAAAAAUGAAUUUUUACGGGCACAUUUUCUGAAACAUAACUGGCAAUGAGCUGUUUUUACAUUUUAGCAGUGGUUCUUCACUUCCUGGUUCUUAAUAUAUCUGUAAGAUCUGUGAGAUCACGGAAGAUCUUUACGGUCUGCAAGGUUUAUAAGAUCAUGAGGCCAGAUUAGAGUGACAGUUGAGAGUUGAGCAAAAUGUUAGGAAUUUCGUGAGACCUUCUGAGUUUUGCUGUCUGCCUGCAGUUAGUGUUUUGUCCCCGUUCCUCCCCCCUUGGCCGCCUCCAGGCUUUCUUCCUGGUGUCUGGAGGGCAGUCCUUCCUGAAUGAUGGUCCUGUGCGUCUCCCCUCGACCUGUCAUCCGUGCAUUUGCCCCCGAGAGGCGCGGCCUCGCGAAGUCACACGUGGCGUGGAUUUUGUCUCCCACGUUUCCUUUCCGAUUUCAGGUCCUGCUUCAGAGACUGACAUCUCGGGUGGAUGUUGAUUUUCUUCUCGGUGUGUCCGCCCUGCUGAGACCGGGGGUGGGUGGGUGGGGUGUCUCCAGUGUGCUCUUGGUUGUCUGCGUCACUCUGUUCCACUUUUCCUUUUGGUACGUUGGGGUGUGUCUGCUUUUCAGCCAAAGGAGGGAACACUGGAGACCAUGAGAUCGAUGUGCCUGGCUCAUUGGCGAACAGAUUGACCGAUGUGGGUGGAGCGCCUCAUUUGAGUACCCUUUUAGAGAAGGUAUGAUGAGAAUGGGCAAGGGUGUCAGCAUCUCUUCUUAUUCAGCAUUGUUUUCAGUUUUGGCUCAUGAAGAAUGCUUAGUUUGUUAAUCUGUGAUGUUGCCUAGAGCUGUAUUUAUCUGUUUUUAUUUAUACUUAUGUAGUAAAGCUGCAUAUCAUUACAGUAAAAAUGGUUACUGUGAUGAGUCAAUCAGAAACUCUAUUAAAAUCUGUAUGACAGUG